UAGUGACGUCACGAGAUUUGGAGCUCGCGGGAAAACUUGUUUUUGUGCCGGGUGUACGGCGCGCGCGGGCGCGCGGGACUUUCAAGCGUCGGGCCCCGGGCACCCGAGCUGUCAUGAGCCUCUGGGUGGACAAAUACCGGCCCUGCUCCUUGGGGCGGCUGGACUAUCACAAGGAGCAGGCGGCCCAGCUGCGCAAUCUGGUGCAGUGUGGUGACUUUCCUCAUCUGUUAGUGUAUGGACCGUCAGGUGCUGGUAAAAAGACAAGAAUUAUGUGUAUUCUACGUGAACUUUAUGGUGUUGGAGUGGAAAAAUUGAGAAUUGAACAUCAGACCAUCACAACUCCAUCUAAAAAGAAAAUUGAAAUUAGCACUAUUGCAAGCAAUUACCACCUUGAAGUUAAUCCCAGUGAUGCUGGAAAUAAUGACCGGGUAGUAAUUCAGGAGAUGUUGAAAACAGUGGCACAAUCACAGCAACUUGAAACAAACUCUCAAAGAGACUUUAAAGUGGUUUUGUUGACGGAGGUUGACAAACUCACCAAAGAUGCUCAGCAUGCCCUGCGCAGAACCAUGGAAAAGUAUAUGUCCACCUGCAGGCUCAUCUUGUGCUGCAAUUCCACAUCUAAAGUGAUACCACCUAUUCGUAGUAGGUGCCUGGCGAUUCGUGUGCCCGCUCCCAGCAUUGAAGAUAUUUGCCAUGUGUUAUCCACUGUGUGCAAGAAGGAAGGUCUGACGCUUCCUUCACAACUGGCUCAGAGACUUGCAGAGAAGUCCUGCAGAAAUCUCAGAAAAGCCUUACUUAUGUGUGAAACCUGCAGAGUGCAACAAUACCCUUUCACUGCAGAUCAAGAAGUCCCUGAAACAGACUGGGAGGUGUAUCUGAGGGAGACUGCCAAUGCGAUUGUCAGUCAGCAGACUCCACAAAGGCUUCUUGAAGUUCGUGGAAGACUCUAUGAGCUUUUAACUCACUGUAUUCCUCCUGAAAUAAUAAUGAAGGGUCUUCUCUCAGAACUUUUACAUAAUUGUGAUGGACAACUGAAAGGAGAAGUAGCCCAGAUGGCAGCUUACUAUGAACAUCGUCUACAGCUGGGUAGCAAAGCCAUUUAUCACUUGGAAGCAUUUGUGGCCAAAUUUAUGGCCCUUUAUAAGAAGUUUAUGGAAGAUGGAUUGGAAGGCAUGAUGUUCUGACAUCUAUUCUUAACUCUUCCUAAUAUUUCUCAGUAUCAGCAUUUAUGUUCAGUUUAUAUUGGAAGAGCUGCAGGUAAAAUAAACUAACUACUUAAUCAUGUCCUAGUUGUGUUUUUGUAACAAUUUCUCUGUGUGCUGUUCAUCAUUAUCCUCUAAGUUAAAUAAUUGCUCCUAUAUUACUGAAAUAUGUUUAAAGAACACCACUAGGAACUAGGGUCCAGGAACAUGAUUUUAAUUUAUUUUGAAAAUUUGUUACCUAUGCAAUGCUGAGCUUCCCAUUUUCCAAUUCAUCUCUCACCUGCUGAUGGAAAUUUACACAUUAAAAAAAACAAAGAUUAUUUUCUACCCUCCAGAUGGCCAUUUUUGGCCACAGGUACAUAACUUGGCAAAUUAUUACGUUUAGUCAUAUUUUCCCUCAAUCAAGAAUUAUAUUUUUGUAAGAAAUAUAAGACUUACUUUUGAAACAUAAUAUGGGUAUGGAAAGAGUUGCAGGUACCAUUUCUAUUGAGACUGCAAAAAUCCAGCUUUUAUUUCAGUGAAUCAGAUGUGGUAUUAGGUUGGCUAGUAAAAAAUAAGCAUGUUUUUAUUAAAUGUUUGAGACUCCUGAAGAAUUUGCAUCAUAUAGUUCUGAAACAAAGGUAUGUUACUGUAGAAAUUACUUUUUAAAUAAGUGUACAAUAUUUCAUUGAUCUUGUCCUUUGGAACU